AUGCGGUUUGUGCAGUUGCACAUGGCUCAUGAAUUCUAUGUUACCUACGCAAAGAAAGUAAGAUUUGCAACUAAGAUAAGGAUGACAACAUGUGACAAGAUUACAAAGGAACCCGUUAACCAAGCUAUCUACUACAAUCGGGACAUGUUCUGCGGGUCUCUCACAAAGCACCAACACGGAUUUCAACCGCCGGAUGCAAGGGAGUUGGUCAUGCUUGCGAAGUGCGUGAUCAAGGAUAAUGAUGAGGUUGGGAUUCGAUCAAACAAGACAUUCCUAGCUUUGGCAAAUGAGGCUAGGGGCCCAUUUAAUCUUGGAUUCUCAGAAAAGGAUUUAAGAAACUAUAUUACAGUAAGGCUCCGAACCAGCAACCUGAAUGUAGAUGUUAGGGAGAUGAUGAACUACUUCAUGAGAAUGAAGGACAUCAAUCUGAACUUCUUCUACGCGGUGAAGUUGCACGAGGAGUGUAAAUUUAGGAGUGCAGUAUGGGUGGAUGCAAGGUGUAGGGCGUUGUAUGAAUAUUAUGGAGACGUCGUGUUAUUUAAUAGCACGUACAGUACAAACAUGCAUGGAUUACCGUUUCCGUCGUUUGUCAGUGUCAACCACCAUGAUAAGUCGACCUUCCUCAGUUGUGCUCUGCUGGGGAAUGAGAAAAUCUCAAGUGCAUUAGAACUGCUCCAUAGGGGAUCAUCACCGAUCAAUGCAGAUCAAUGUUUUGUGCGAUCAAAAAGGCGUUACCCGAUACACGCCACCGUUGGUGCAUCUGGCACAUUAUGA